UUUCCACAAACGCAGUUAAAUUUUAAAAUUGUUCAGAUUUAAUUUGCAAUACGAGUACAAAACUUUUCGAUGUUCACCAGAUUUAAUUUUAUCCUUUUCCAAUUUUCCAGGGAACUUAAGGAAUUUAUCAGGAUGUCAGUGAUACUGACAUGAAUGCUAUCCAGUAUCCAUUGCACUGAUUGCAGUGAACUUUCUGACGUGACCAAAAAGAAUUGCAACUCAAAACUGGUACUGCGAGGUGACAUUGUAUGACAAUGGAGUACGACUUUGGAAUCACGAGCAAUCGCGAUGCCGUAGCAGAGAAGUUCGUCAGCUCAUUUCUAGCCUUACAGCGGGGAAUCGCUCACACUGUGGGGAAAGGCCUCAGCAGAUCGUUCCAGUUGGAUGCUGAUCUGGGUAAACUUCAGAAGGAAGUCGACGAUUUGAGGAAAUUGUCCAGCGGUACGUUAAUGGACGAAGAAAAGGCUGGUUUCGUAAGCGAACUGAAUCAGAUACUGGAUCAAAUGUGCGAUGAACAAAUCCGCACGAAUCACACAUGGAAUCAAGUGGAUGAACAGGCGAAUCGUAGCUUGACUGAAACCGAAGAUUACUGGCGAAGAGCGGAGAGUUUUUUCCGAGGAAAGACUAAACGAGGUGAUAAUCGCACGAGUCAACCGCUAGAUGCUCGCGUGAAAUCUCGCAAAGUGCCUGCAACAAACGGUAUUGCGAAACCUCCUUUAACAAAACCGGCUGGAGGCGAAAUGCUUCGUCCUUCCUUGCUGCCCAAACGCCCAAAUGGAACCUCCAUUAUUCGCAAAACCAAAUCCUCCACUUUGCUGGAGAUUCCGCGUCGACAAGAUUCUCAACAAAGUCAGGAAAGUCAACGUUCCGUUAGUCCUGACAAAGUUCGGCAAGAGCGCCGCUCCAAACAGACACUUACCGUGAACCGAAAACUGGAGAAAAAAGCCGACAUACAAAUUAAAACCCGAGAUCUGCGAGAGAAAGAGAAGGAAAAGAAGCCCAAUAAAGCCGCCGCUGCUGCUGCUAAAAAGCGACGAGCAGCUCGUGCAUCCACUCGGGUGCCCAAGAAGCAAAUCAAAGACGAAUCCGACGAAAGUGUCAGUGAGGAUUCGAAGGAAUCGUCAGACCCGUCCUAUCAAGCUCCAUCGGAGGCAGGAAAAGCGCGCCAGAAUAACGGCGAACGCGAAGCGUCACGGAAUGGACGCAAUGAUUCGGACGAGCCGCGUUACUGCGUCUGCAGGAAUGUUUCAUACGGGCAUAUGGUGGGCUGCGAUAAUGACAGCUGCACGAUUGAAUGGUUUCAUUUUGUUUGCGUUGGCUUGAAAGCAAAACCGAGAGGGAAAUGGUUUUGUCCUGAUUGCCGUGACGGGGAUAAUCCGAAAAUGUCGAAAAAUGCCACCCAGAAUGAUGCUUCUGUUGGCCCAGAAAAAUGAUAUUUAUCGUUACCGUUUGAGGGUUACUAGUAUGCCUGUAAAUAUAAAUUUUUUGGAGAAAGGGGACGCAUGGUUAGCUAAUCACAAGCAAUGCGCAUCGAGCAUUUAGUGUCGUGGUUUGCUGCCAGGAUGCUAAGCAGUGGUUAAAACCAGAUUGCUGCCUUAUGCGAGUAAAUUAGCAAUAAAAUUUAUUUCGAUUAUUUGGGUGAAAUCAGGCGCUUGCACAAGACUAGGGCUGAAAUUCAAGCAACAAAUAACAUGAGAUACUCCGAGCAAAGGUAUUUCCAGUGUGCUGUGGGGUCAGGUUGCGUUAUAAAUGAGUGUGAACCAUGGUAACGUUAACGAGCUUACGAUUGACCAUAGGAAAAUCAACUUGGCCAAAAGUCAGCAAUCUUGGAUUCACCGCUGC